AUGUCAGGAAAUGUUACACAAAAGAGAUGUCUUCCUAAAUGGAUGGAAACACUUUAUCAACAGAAAAAUGGACCAGAAUCCUCCAAUACUGAUCUUAGUAAAAGCAAGACAUUGUUUUGUGCAGACGGUGACAUUAAUGCAGGUAAUAUUAAAUCUGCUGUUCUAUCCUCUCAGCAAUCAUCAAGCAAACAUCCAGUUGACAUUGUAAGUCUAUCAAUGCCCCUGCUGAGAUUUUGCGGCUCUUUGGUUUAUACAGCUUAUCUUACAGACUGUGCCUGCCUGUGCCAAGACAUUGUUUCAGGUCUCGGCCUUUGUGAGAAAGCCGUCAUAGGUUUUGAUAUGGAGUGGCCAGUGACUUAUCAGAAAAACUCUGAAGAUAAAACCGCUCUUAUACAGAUGUGCUUAUCAGACAAAACUUGCUACCUUUUUCAUGUGGGCGCAAUGUCAUCUUUUCCAAAGCCUUUAGAAAAUUUAAUUCUUGAUCAGCGUGUCAUCCUUGUUGGUUUAAAUAUAGCAUCUGACUUGUGGAAACUAGCCAGAGAUUUUGAUGUCAGGGUAAAAAUAUCUCUAGACAGAGGCUCUGUGGUGGAUGUUGGAACUCUAGCUAGACAAAUUUUAAAGACCAGUGAGAGAUGGGACCUUGAUGGUUUGUGUAGAAAUGUGCUAGGACAUCGUCUGGAUAAGGAUCAUAAAAUUCGAUGUGGGAAUUGGUCAGAUGUACCACUGAGUGAGGAGCAGAAGUUGUAUGCAGCAAAUGAUGCACUUGCAUCACUACUAAUAUACAAAAAGCUGCAAGAAAUAGGACUAAAACAAAACUAGAGGAUUAUAUCAAGUUCAAUCAUUAUAGAACACUGAACUGUGAUGUCACAACCUGCGAGUAGUUUACACCAAUAGCUCAUUGCCACAUCACAGGGGUUGUAAUGUCAGACCUUUGACAUGGUAUUGAGCUUUUGGUCUUAACUGCCCAUGAGUUGUGAUGUCGCAUGUUGGUUUGACCUUGUGUAAUGAUUGGUCUAAAUUAUAUGCACUUUAAGGAAUUGACAUUUAUUCUCCAUUUGAACUCUGUAAUAUGUUUGUUGAACUUGUUAUUGGUUAUGUUUAUAGCAUGUGAAUAUUAUUGCUGAUGAUUUAAUUAUAAUAAGAAAUUGCAAUCCACUAUUUAUAGAUUUGUAAUAAAAAUGUGAAUUUGCAUAAAAUGUGCUCUUUUGAUUUGGCUGAGGCACGCUUAAACUUGAGAGAGUAACCUCUUGUGGGUGGAAGGGUUAUGAAUCUGAUUGGUUAGAAUAGCUAUCAGAGUUAGUGUUUUGUUUUGAAUGGUUGCUAAUGAAAUGCGUUUUAAGGGUUUUCUUGGCUCUACCAAGUUCAGCUAUGUAUCUAACAUCUUUAAGAAGGACUAAAGGUGCAAGUAUCAUCUUUAUAAAUGAUGACAGAAACUGCACUUAACCUUAACUUUACCAAUGUAAUAGACGUUAAGGUUUAAAAGUAAGCCUUUAUCAAAACAGAGUUCUUUAUCAAAGAAAAUUUUUACAGAUACCUGGUACCGGUAUUGAAAAAAAAAAAAUCACUUUAAGUUAUGGUUGUCAUUUUCAGUUGAAAAAUAUUUCAGUACAAGAGUUUAAUAUUGGCCUGAAAAGUGUUUAUUUAAAAAUUAUUUCCAUGUUUCAUCUUCAUGGAACAUAGGGCCUCCACAGUCUCUUGCUAGUUUUUUAAUGGCUUCCCAGCUCUUUCCUGUCCUCUUGGCUUCAUCUAGUACACUGCUUCGCCAUGUUCUUUUUUGGGAUUCUUCUACGUCUUGUGCUCCUGGGGGGUCCACUCUAAGGCCUUUCUAGCCCUGUUAUUGGUACCUUAUUUCCAUGUUAAGGGUCUGAAAUUUGUUAUAAAUAUCACUUUUUUUUUUAAAUUUAAUAAUUAUUAAAUGGUACUUAUAUGUAUACAAUUUUUUCAUGUUUAAAAAAUCAGAAAUAAUAAUUUGUAUGGCCAAAUAAUUUAA